AUGCGGUUCAUCGACGAUACGUAUGGCGACUCUGUGACAGGAGUGGUACCAACGUACUCUAGCGACGACUGCUGGGAUUCAUGUGCACUCAAUAACAGCACCGCAUGUUUCCUCCAGCCAGACCCGUCAAAGAUUCACAAUGGUACAUGGCACGAUACAUCGACGGAUAGUUGUCCCGGCCAACCUGAUAAUCCGGCUGGUCACAGUGUUACCUUCAACUUCACUGGGACUUCCCUUCAAGUGUACAUCGUCACUGUCAAUCAAGGACCACAGGCAUGGCAAACCAACCUGAGCUUCAAUCUUGACGGCGAAAUCAGCUAUUCAGAAUACUUCAAGAGCUUCAAGGGAGACACAUACGCAUUUGCGUAUCAAGUAGCUAUCUUUACCACAUCAUCGCCGCUGAAUAACACGCUACAUACGUUCACGAUGACGGCAUUACAAAACCCAACACUAUCGACUGUGCUGUUCGACUUUGCUGCCUACACGUACGAAGAGGAACCUACCACUUCGUCAGCGAGUGAUAGUCAAACUUCGACAAGCUCAAUGCAAGUAAUCUCCGGGUCACCGCUCCCUGGCACUGCCACGACGAGCUUGAGCGCGAGCGCUUCCGAGUCAUUGUCCACAGGUACUGACACGAGCUCAUCCUCGAACACACAUGUCGCCACGCCCUCUAUCAGUAUGAAGGCUAGUAGUGAUUCAUUGUCCAACGCCAGCGGCACCAGUGUGCGUGAUGCUUCAUCGUCCACCAGCUCAGCCACAGCCAAUUCAGGCACUACAACUCACAAGGGUACGCAUAUCAGUGCCAUUGUUGGUGGUGCAGUCGGCGGAGCUGUCUUCAUUAUCCUCUACCUCUGCCUCGCUGUCUAUCUCAGACGGCGGCGGAAAUCGCACAGCAGAGAAGGGAUACACGGGAGCUCGAGGGACUCCUCCAUCAAAAGCGCAGCGCCGCCAUUCCAUGCCCAACAUCAAUCCUUGCCCCCGGCUUCACUCGUGCCGAGAACCAAUGCGACAUCUGUCAUGAUCGAGGCGGCACCAGACGAUGUUAGGGUCAGCCUCGUACGUCAGUUUGAAGUGCAAACCGCAGCAGGCAGUAGUAUGCAACCAAUCACGUCACCCCACGACGUGAAUCCCGGCGUCGAAGCACAAUUGAGGACGGAAAUGGCAGCGCUACGUGAGCAGGUGGCUCGAUUGGAGUCGGAGACGGAGAGGAACUUGCCUCCUGCAUAUUCCUAGCAUAAUAGCCCCUCUCAUUGAAGGCUUUUGCAGCCUGUAGUUGUAUACACUGCUCUCACGAUCCUCGACCACACUGUGAGUAUUCAAGAGUUCGGCACCUACAGUAGGUUGGACACGCCUUCAAAGCACC